AAAGUACUACAUAUACGCAAAAAAAAACAAAAAGCGCACAAAAAGCGUUAAAUUGGCAAAAUUAAUAAAUUCUUUACACACCUACAUACACACACAUUAAACAACUUGAAAAAGGUUAAAAAAAAAAAACCAAAUAAAUUAGCAAAUAAUUGUGAACUUAAGUGCAAUAAAUUUGUGCAGUGUAAAACUGCACUAAAAAUCAACAAUUUCCCAAAGGCCGUUAAAAAUUUUUCAAAAUUUCCACCCUGAUUGGCCGCACGCAAACAACAAUGAUGAAGCGACGUUGGUCGAAUAACGGCGGUUUCGCCUUUCGCAUGCACGAAGAUUCGUCCACCGAAGUCACCUCAUCCUCCAACGGCCUCGUUCUCAGCACCGCACUCUCGCCCUCACCACUCGAUUCGCCCGUCUAUGGAGAACCAGAUCUUUGGUAUGAUGCCGCCUUUAAUGGACAUGGUGGUGGUCACAGCGUGAUCACUGCAGCACAUGGCUGUGCGGCGUUGCUACCGCCACAGACCACUAUAAUACCCUUACCACCAUUGGGCGGUGGCAAUGGCAUCAACAAUAAUAUGAAUGGCAACGCAGCUGGCCACAUUGCUAAUGGCGGAAAUUUCAAUAAUGGCAAUGGUGGAGGCAAUGGCGGUGGCGGUGGUGCUUUGGGACAUGGCCAUCAACUGGGUAACGGGCAUCUUGUUAAUCAGCAGCAAAAUGCACAAAAUAAUAACAAUAAUAAUAAUAAUAAUAUGCAUUUAAAUAACAAUAUGUUGCAUACAACAUUGAAUCAGGGUCUAAUGAACGGUUUGAUGAGUAGUGUAUUAGGUGGAAAUAUGGGAAUGCAACAUAAUGGACUCAACAUGCAGCAGCAUACACCACGCAGCGAUUCGGCAAAUUCGAUAUCAUCAG